CAUGAGUUUUCAGAGUUUAUACUUGUAGUAACUAGUUGUAGCCCGACACGGAAGUAAACGAGCAAAAAUCCUUUGUGAAGCAAGAAAUAGUCCUUGCAGAAUUUUAUACCUGAGAGUACAGUCCAGGACCAGUGAAGUACAAUCAUGGCUCAGUAUAAAAUUCCUGACCCUGAGGAGAUGAUUCCCUGCCCCUACGACAAGGUUCACAUGAUUAGGGCCAAAAGGAUGCAGUACCAUCUGAUGAAGUGCAGAAAGAACUAUGUUGGAAGCGACUUUGCCACUUGUCCUUUCAAUGCCAGGCAUGAGAUGCCCAAACCAGAGCUUCGUUAUCACUUAGCUAACUGUCCUGACAAGGCUGUCAUUGAGCCGAUGCUGGCCUAUGAGAGCAGUAAGAGGAAUGGAGAGGCGUCCAUGUUUAGAGGCUGUACUGAUCUACCUGUCUAUGAUAAUGUUGUAAUUAACAGUGAGGAAAACUGGGACGAUGAGAUUCCUUCUGUGGCCAGGAUCGGGGUGGAUCCACAAUUUUUUGCACGUCAGGACCACAUGAUUAUCCCAGGUCUGACAAAAUCAGAGAAGAGAGAGUUUGCCAAGCAGAUGCACAUUCCAGCAGAGGACAGGAAAUACUUGGCCCACUACAAGGAGGCAGAGGAGCCCAUUAAGGAUGAACAGCCCAAACUCCGCCUCCCAAAGACUGCAGCUCAGACUUAUCUCCCUCACCAAAAGAAGCUCGAUCAGCAUCCAUCGGCAGUGUUUGCAUAUUCAUUAUCCAUGGCCGGUGUGGGGCGAGGGCUUCCAGCCAGCAGUCAGAAUGGAGUAAUGAAUGGCUCUCAGAAUGCCCCACCUGGUAUGAGUAGAGGGAGGGGGCGUGGGUCCAGCCCCGCGGUGGGGAGGGGAAUCAGCGUGACUGAGAUGAACGGUGACGUACCUCGCUCUCUAGGACGGGGAAUGACCUACGGUGAGGUUCCCUCCUCGUCCCAGCAGGAAACCCCAGCAGUGAGACCAGCAGAGCCCCAGACUAACAGCCCGGUGUUUAGCGUGGGGAUCGGCAGGGGAUACAAAGUGCCUAAUGGAACAAUUUCACCUCCAUCCUUUGUGGUUCCUACAGUGCCCCAGCAGAAGAAUAAUGGAAAGGAAAAGGAAUCAGACUUGGAAUCAGAAGGCUCGCAGGUGAUUGAAGAUGUGGACAAGAAGCUCAAAAAGAUUGAGAAGAAGUUGAGACAGAUAGAGCUUCUGGAGGACAAGGUGGGGGAAGGAUACACCUUGACUAAGGAGGAGACUGCAAAGGUGAACAUGAAGGAGAGCCUUACAGCAGAGAGGGAGAAUCUACAGGAGAAUGCCAGGUUAAACAAGUAAAUGGAUAAAUGACUAGCAAGGAGGAGAGGAUUGUACUGUACAUAUAGUAGUUACUCAGGAUUGUUCUGUAUAUAUAGCUCUUGGAUGUGUUGCAGGAACUUUACAUCUUUUAUUUUAUACCCUUUUAUAUGACUUGUUUUAAGGGGAGUUUUAUUUCUAUACCCAAUGCUCAGAUAUAAAUUGUACUGAUAAUACCAAAGUUUUGUAAUUCUUUGUACUUUGUACAUUGAUGUUUGAGGUUUGUCUGAAGAUGUUUAAAUAAUCUUUAAUGUAGGAACUGAUUGGGUUUUCUGUUGUCAUUCUUCAUUUGUUUAUUUUUUUAAGCCUAUCUAGUAUUGUCAUUCUUGUGCUUUGUCCAUUUAGCACCAUAUGGUACACAAAAUUCUUUUUUGUAUAGAAAUGCAUUGUGACUUUUGCCUACUAUGAUUUUUCAGGGCAUUAUGAUAGGCAUGCUAAGUUAAAAAAAAAUUUCUUGUUGAGUGGCCCAGAGAAUUUUUAGGGCACAAAUAAAAGUAAUAUCUACACUUGAUACAUUUCAAAGAACCAAGAUGUUUUGAAGAUUGAAGAUACAAAAUGAGAUCUGACAGUGUACUUUCAUGUAACUCAUAAAGCAAUGUCAUCAAAAUGUAUAGACAAUUCAGCUGUUUUACCAUUACAUAUGCUGGUGAUGAUAAUAAAAUUGUUUUGGAAGUUAACAUUUUACACUUAACCAAGAUGGUUUUAUAUACUACCAUGUAUUUUACAGUACUGAUGUAUUUUAAAGUGCAAGUAUUGUUUAACAUAAAGGAAUGAAGAUAUUG